AUGAAUACUCAAAAACUUGCUAUUGUUUUGACUGUAGGAACUCUUAUUCUCCUCUCAUCUGUAUACUACAUCUACAAAAUAAACUAAGUAGAAUUAGAAAGUGAUGAUCUCCUUCAUUUAUCAGAACCUAAUUGUAAUGGUAUAGGUGCAUACUGUACAAAUACCAAUGAUUGUUGUCCAGGUCUUGUGUGUUCUUAUGACACGUAUGUCAAUUUACGUUGUUUCAAAAGGAACCAAUGA